CAAGUCACACACAAACAUAUUAUUUCAGAGUGAGAGUGAGGGAGGGAGAGUUGGAAAUCCAGAUCCCAAAGCUCCAAUCCAAAAGCCCAAUAAAACCCCCUCUCCUCCUCUCCCCCUUCGUCCCCUCGCUCUCUCUCUCUCUCUCUCUCUCUCUCGCGGAGCCAAAGGCGACAUUUUUAUCAUGGCCACCACCUCCACCCAGGAGCGCCCCCUCGCGCCGCCUCUGCCGCAGCCGGCGGCGGCGGCGGCCGCCGACCCUUCGAAUCCUUUCCCCACCACCUUCGUGCAGGCGGACACCACGUCGUUCAAGCAGGUGGUCCAGAUCCUCACCGGCACGCCGGAGACCGCGGCCGCGGCGGCGGCGGGUGGCGCCGCCGCCGCGUCCCCGCCGGCUUCGAAGCCGGCGCCCGCGCCGCCGGGGCCCAAGAAGCCGGCCUUCAAGCUGUACGAGCGGCGGAGCAGCAUGAAGAGCCUCAAGAUGCUCUGCCCGCUCCUCCCGGCCGCGGCCGCCUUCGGCCCCGGCGGCGGCGGCGGCGGCGGGUUCUCCCCCCGGGGGUUCUCCCCGCGAGGGCUGGAGGUGCUGUCGCCGAGCAUGCUCGACUUCCCGUCGCUGGCGCUGGGGAGCCCCGUGACGCCGCUCCCGCCGCUGCCCGGGUCGGACGAGGCCGCCGCGGCCGAGGACCGCGCCAUCGCCGAGAAGGGGUUCUACCUCCACCCUUCCCCGCGCGGCAAUGCCGGCGCCGGCGGCGAGCUGCAGCCUCCGCCCAGGCUGCUCCCGCUCUUCCCUCUCCAGUCGCCGGGCCGGCAGUGACCAUGCCCCAGUGAUCUCCGCUUCUUCCUCCUCCUCCUCUAGGCUCAUCUCCUCCUCCUCCAUGGUAUGCUCUGCUUGUCUGCUUGAUGCUCUAAUUACUUUGGCUCCUGGAGCGCGAUGAUUUCAUCUCCGGAUUGUCUGCAUCAUCUUCCCUGUCUCCUGUGAGCCAGCUCUGGGAGGAUCCGUGUAUGUCGUCAUGUUGUAAUCUUAGUGUUUGUAACAGUAAAUUUGGCGCUUAAGAGGGAUUAAUUGAUCUCCGAGCUUAAACUGUUCUUCUUUCCUCCCCCUCCCUUUUUUUUUUCUGUUUCUUCACCCAAUCUUGAUUUCCAUAGGUUAGAGCUUGCCAUUUUCUUUCCUCUCCUUCUCUUGCUUCAGAAGCUUGCUUUGACAAUUGAAACAGUAGGAGUAAUUUGGGUAGAGUCCAAAUCUUGUACAUUAAACUUUCUCUUAAUUGAGUUAUAUGCGAGCCAAGUGGAUGCUCCAAGUUGACAUUCUU